AAGUAAAAAGAAAGGGCACAGCAGCGGAAGUCGGAAGAGGUCGAAACGACCCAAGAAUUGUUUUUGUGAGUAAAUUGCUAAAUCCCUAGGUCGCAAGUUGCAAUCUUCAGUCUUCCCCUUUCUCUCUGCAUCGGAAGCAACCCUUACCGAUUGCCCUACUCCCAGAAUUUGGUGAGGAUUGGGAUGUCAAGGAUUAAGGAAUGGUUCUCCAUGUGAGCUCUCAACCCAACAUGGCAACAGAAACUCUUCAAAUGAGUCGUUUAGCAAAUGGGGAGGCUGAGAGCAGUCAUCACAGGAAGAGUGACCAAACCCCACAUCAAGCCGUCAAUGGAAGAAGAUUUGGGAACUUGGGAUCUGAAGGAGCCAGUGCUAGACCUUGUUCUGAUGAAAAUGGUCGGGAAGCUACUGAUGUUAUUCGCAAAAAGGCAAAGCGGCAAAAGGGAAUGACUUUCCAAGAUAUGUAUAGCAAUCAAGGCCUCUUUGAUGAAGAAGACGACGAUGAUAGUGACUGGGAGCCCCCACAAGUGCAACGCACUUCACAAAUGGCACUGCAGAGAAAGGCAAAGCAGCAAAAGGAAAUGACUUUCCAAGAUAUGUAUAACAAUCAAGGCCUCUUUGACGAAGAUGACGACGACGACGACGGUGACUGGGAGCCCGCACAAGAGCAACACACUUCACAAAUGGCACUGCAGAAUAAAGCAAAGCAGCAAAAGGAAAUGACUUUCCAAGAUAUGUAUAGCAAUCAAGGCCUCUUUGAUGAAGACGACGACGACGAUGGUGACUGGGAGCCCGCACAAGAGCAUGUAGAAACUGGGAAGUGGUUCUGCACCAAUUGCACCAUGGUUAACCUUGAUGACGUUACCCAUUGUGAUAUCUGUGGGGAACAUAAAGAAUCCGGGAUUCUAAGACAUGGGUUUUUUGCAUCUCCCUUUUCACAUGAUGUAGGCCGCCCUGUAGAAGCUGAACAUGAAAUAAAAGGACACAAAGACUUGGGCUCCCAAAUUCCAACCUCGAAUAGUUCCACGGCAGUAGGUUUUGAUGAGAGAAUGUUGCUACACUCAGAAGUUGAAAUGAAGCCACAUCCACAUCCAGAAAGACCUGAUCGUCUCCGCGCUAUUGCUGCUAGCCUUGCUACAGCUGGUAUAUUUCCUGGAAGAUGCUAUCCUAUUUCUGCUAGAGAAAUUACAAAAGAAGAACUUCAGAUGGUCCAUUCCGUGGAGCAUAUUGAAACCGUUGAACUUACAAGCCAUAUUCUCUCUAGUUAUUUCACUCCUGACACAUAUGCCAAUGAGCAUUCAGCACGUGCUGCUAGGCUUGCAGCAGGUUUGUGUGCUGAUCUUGCUACAGAGAUUUUUUCUGGGCGUGCCAAAAAUGGGUUUGCUCUGGUUCGGCCUCCUGGUCAUCAUGCUGGUGUAAGACAGGCCAUGGGGUUUUGCCUCCACAAUAAUGCAGCUGUUGCUGCAUUAGCAGCUCAGGUUGCAGGGGCUAAGAAAGUGCUUAUUGUUGAUUGGGAUGUUCACCAUGGAAAUGGCACACAGGAAAUAUUUGACCGGAACAAAUCGGUCUUGUAUAUAUCGUUGCAUAGACAUGAGGGAGGAAAGUUCUAUCCUGGUACUGGAGCUGCACUUGAGGUUGGUACGAUGGGUGCAGAAGGAUAUUGUGUGAAUAUUCCAUGGAGUUGUGGAGGAGUUGGCGAUAAUGAUUAUAUUUUUGCCUUUCAGCAUAUUGUGCUUCCUAUAGCUUCUGAGUUUGCUCCUGAUUUCACCAUCAUAUCAGCAGGGUUUGAUGCUGCAAGGGGUGAUCCCCUAGGGUGCUGUGAUGUUACACCUGCAGGAUAUGCAUUGAUGACGCACAUGUUGUAUGCUCUCUCUAGUGGAAAGUUGCUUGUUAUUCUUGAGGGCGGCUAUAAUCUACGUUCAAUAUCAUCUUCUGCUACCGCAGUGAUUAAGGUAUUGCUGGGUGAAAGUCCUGGAUGCAAUUUGGAUAACGUUUUACCUUCCAAAGCUGGUGCGCUAACUGUUCUGGAAGUCCUUAAGAUUCAGAUGAACUUCUGGCCUACUCUAGGUUCCAGAUUUUCGGAUUUGCAGGCGCAAUGGGGAAUGUACUGUUUGAAAAACAAAAAGAAUAGGAUUAAAAAGAGACGGCGGGCUGUGGCUCCAUUAUGGUGGAAAUGGGGACAGAAAAGUUUAUUGUAUCAUCUCCUUAAUAGGCAUCUCCAUAUAAAAUCAAAGAGGUGCUGAUUGAUUUUGUAGUGCUCAACUAUACGAUACCUCCCCUUUGUACUUUUGUGCACCUUUCCAGUUUUAGGAUAAUAUCCUUUUUGCAUUCCCACAAUGUUGUAAAGGUAUUAUGUUUGUUGCGGCGUUAAUUGCAGAACGGAUUUCCCACUUU